AUUCCGUUCAUGGAUUUAUCAGGAAGUACAGCUGAGAUUGAACUUUUAAUUUUUUUGUUUCUUAGAAUCUGUGACAAGCUGAAUGUAACAUUUUGGAAUGGAAUGUGCAACGUGUGGGUGUGCGAAUGUGUUUUUUAACAGCUGCAGAGUCGUACAAGGGUACUGAUGCGAGAUGAGUUGGAAUGUACAAGGGAUUGUGGAGGAUGCCUUGGUAUCUUCAACACGUGCCAUACAAUUUGAUCGUGAUGGACAGUAUGAAGUUGCUGCAUUCUACUAUCGUGAAGCAGCAAGAUUCCUUGAGCUGGCAGUCUCAAGCACAGCCGAUGAUGGAAACAAGGAAUCAUGGACAAAUAAGGCGGCCGAGUAUAAAAUGCGUGCUCAAGCACUUGAUCAGCUCAGGUUAAACCAGCAGGCUGCAGAACAGCCGAUGGUGCAGUCAGAGAGUCAAAAACAGCUACAGCAGUGCCACUUCCUCUUCAAUCAGGCGCUGGAUGCAGAUGAGGCUGGCAAUAAGGAUGAAGCUGUGCAGUUGUACACACAGGCUGUUGAGUUAGGGAUCAGUGCAAUGUCUUCAGCCAGUGACCCUGAGCUGCAGAAUAAGCUUAAUUUUCUUGCUCGUCGGGCACUGGAGCGGGCUGAGGAACUCAAGGGCAUAAUGCCACAGUGUGAGGAGAAACCCUCAAGUCACGCGUCUGUUCGGCCAAAACUGUGCCCAGUACCAGAACACACAACUUCCAAUGUAACUGUGCGGGCCACAGCAGCAGCUAACAGGGGAGCAGUGAAACCUCAGUUGCACAGGGGCAGCAGCGCACACCUGAAAGUCGCUGGAGGGCAAGAGACCUACACGGAGGAAGAGAAACGAGUCUUACUCCAGACAUCCCACAUAAACCAGAAAGAGUAUGUACCAUUCAUGAGUGUAGACCUUGGCGAACGUUUCCAGUAUUCUCUUCCCUUCACGGACAGAGACGGACAUCUUGCUCUGUCACCUAAACAGCGGAGGGACUUUGCCCGCUGGGCUCGUCCUGAUGAAAUCUGCCCUGAACCUAAAAUGGUGGUUGGUCAGCAUGUUGACUGUUUCAGCAUUAAGCAAACGGUUGUGUCUGAUUGUUCGUUUGUUGCCUCUCUUGCUGUGAGUGCCCUGUAUGAACGUCGUUUUGGGCGGCGACUGGUCACAUCUAUCAUCUACCCUCGGAACAGUAAGAAGGAACCCAUCUACAACCCAUUUGGAAAGUACAUGGUAAAACUACAUAUCAAUGGUAUACCCCGCAAGGUUAUAAUAGAUGACCAUUUGCCUGUUGGAAAGCAUGGGGAACUCCUUUGCUCCUACUCGACUAACCGAGGUGAACUGUGGAUUUCACUACUUGAGAAGGCCUACAUGAAAGUUAUGGGAGGUUACGACUUCCCAGGAUCCAAUAGCAACAUUGACCUACAUGCUCUGACAGGCUGGAUACCUGAACGCAUGGCAAUAAGGGCCAGCGAAUCUGACUUCAACGCAGACGCUUUGUUUGACAAGCUGCUCAGUCGUCUUCACAAGGGGGACGUGCUGGUCACCGUUGCGACGGGUGAAAUGAAUGAGGCCGAAGCUGACAGGUCAGGGCUGGUCCCUACACAUGCAUAUGCUGUCCUGGAUGUACGCAAGAUCAAGGGUGUGCGGCUUCUGCAGUUAAAAAAUCCUUGGUCACAUGUCAGGUGGAGAGGUAAUUAUUCUGAGUUGGACACAAAGCACUGGACUCCAGAGUUACGCCAGACUUUAAACUUCGAACCUAACAGUGCUGCCAUGUUUGACAAUGGUGUAUUCUGGAUUGAUUAUGAUUCCAUCCUGAGGUUCUAUGAUGUAUUCUAUCUGAACUGGAAUCCAGGACUCUUCUCGUACACGUACUGCAUUCACCAGUCGUGGAGUGCAGGAACAGGCCCUAUUAAAGAUGCAUACAACAUUGGAGAAAACCCACAGUUUCGAAUGGAGGUACAGCCUGGUGCAAGUGGGGCUGUUUGGAUCCUCCUGACACGACAUAUCAAGCAGAUAGAGGACUUUAAGGAGAACCGCGAGUAUAUUACUGUUCUGGUAUACAAGAACGAUGGACGCCGUGUAUAUUAUCCUUAUGACCCAGCGCCUUUUAUUGAUGGUGUCCGUAUCAACAGCCCACACUACUUGUGCAAGCUCGUCCUCAAUGAAAACAGUGCACAUCACUACACAUUGGUUAUUUCACAGUAUGAGAAGACAAACACCAUUUUCUACACCUUGCGUGCAUAUGCAACUUGCCCCUUCACAUUGGCCAAGAUAGGUAGCCCCUACAAACACACACAGAAGGUUUCAGAUGGUCAGUGGAAGGGUGUGACCGCAGGAGGCUGUGGUAACCAUCCUACACACCUCAACAACCCCCGCUACCAGAUUAAAUUGGAGUCAUCACACAAUAAUAACCAGAUUUUGCUGGAUCUCAGGGGCCCCAAGUCAUACCAAAUUGGCCUAGAAGUAAUUUGUGUCGUGGCCAGUGACCAGAAUGCACCUGGAAUUUUUAAGAAGAAACACUCAGGACCAUUUAGGUCAGGCUUUGUAGUGAUGGAUUUGGAAGACGUGCCUGCUGGAACUUAUGAUAUUAUUCCGUCUACCUUCAUGCCUAAUCAAGAGGGCCCCUUCAUUUUGACUGUGAAAGCAUCUUGUCAAUUCUCACUGGCCCGUCUGCAGUGAUGACGGUAUUCUCCUAUAAUUGAAUGUCUGGCUGAUGGACACAGGACAGGACAGUACAUACAUUGAAGAAAGUUCUGCGCUCAUCAAGUCUGCAAAAUCUUUCCAGUCUCCUGCAAAGAACCUGCUAGAAGACACUGUUCCAUCCUUCUGCAACUCUGAUGUGUUCAUUUUCACAUUGGGUAUUGUAACGGCCCUGAUGACCGAUCCAUUCUGUAAGGAAGCAGGAUUGGAAAGAAUAAUGGCAAAAACUGAGAAGGAGAAGCUGGAGACACUUGAUUGUCAGACAGCUCAUAAGAAGUGUGAAUGUCUCAGGAGAAGGAAGAAGAAGACCAAGACAUAUACACACUUCACUCACGUAAUCCUGAAAAUGAACAGACUUUGCCCCAAGAUACAUGGCCAAUAUUCCCAGCAGUCCAGUUCCACAGCCAAGGUCCAGAAUCUGCUUGCCAGUGAAAUCGAUGCCCUCACGCAUCAGGAAGUCUGCUAAGUCUCUGGUACACUCCCAGAUCUUCAGACCUCCUGCCAGCACACAAUCAUAUAACAGAAUUAAGUGUCAUCCCUGAGCAAAUGAACAGCUGGUCAAGAAUAUCUCAGCCUGCAGCUUCGUGUUACAUUUCUUCAAGAAAUCAUAUAAUAAUAUCCUCCCUUCACUUGAGAUUUUUUGGUUGAAGGAGUAAGCACCUCUGAAAGGCCAGUCUGUAUCUACGUAACUACAAGGCAUAAUAUAUGUAUAUGUAUACAGAUUUUUACAAGUAUUAAAAUAUUCUCUGAACCAA